AUGAGUUUUGGUGUGGUGCGGCCGUCGUUCACGGUCUCGAGGCGCUUCCUACCGUACUCGAAGGCGCUCUUGGCUCACGUCCAAAUGACCUCAUCAACACCAUCGUCGUCGUCAUCAUCAUCACGGCUACCGUAUUCGUCGAAAGCUCCGGCGGCAGCUGGCCAAGGAAAAAGCGACAGUUUGGCUGAGGAGCGGGCAGCCAGCUCCGAUACCGUACCGGAUAGGAAG